UCACUCCUCUUUGCCCUCGUAUACCCAUUUGACCUCUUACCCAUUUUGUUGAUUCACCAUGGUCUCCAUUACGUUUCAGGCAAACCCAGUCUUCGUCUAUGUUUUCUUUCUUCUGUUUCUUGGUAGCCAUUACUGUUUUUCCCAAAAAACUUGUCCAAGAUGUGGUUCAAUGGUGGUCCCUUACCCCCUUAGCACCCAUCCUAGUUGUGGUGACCCUAGCUAUUCUCUUCGUUGUGAUUCUCAGACUCAUAAGCUUUACUUUGAUGCCUUAAAUGGAAGUUCGUACCCUGUUAUUAGAAUCAUGGCUUCAGUUUACCGCAUGGUGGUUCAACCAUCGCCAUGGUUGACUGGUAAGUGUGUGACUCAAGAUAUGGGUGUAAGUGAAGGCAUAUGGUUAAACCAAACACUCCCUUUUAACAUCACUUCUUCAAAUACUAUCUUUCUCCUUAACUGUUCCCCACGCCUUUUGAUGUCUCCUCUAAAUUGCACUCCCACUAGUCUUUGUCACCAUUAUUUGGAGAGCUCUGGACAUGUUGAAGCCAAACGAGCAUUGCAGUGUGCUGAGGGGGUCAAUCCAUGUUGCACCUUCGUAGCCGGAGGGAUGCCGUCAGCAUACAAAAUACGGCUUCACAGUUCGGGUUGUAAAGCUUUUAGAAGCAUCCUUCAUUUGGAUCCAGAAAAGGCUGCUUAUGAAUGGGAAGAAGGGUUGGAAAUUGAAUGGAGGCCUCCCCUUGAGCCUGUUUGUAAAAGCCAACUUGAUUGCUUUGGGGCUUCAAAUUGCUCACCUACUAGUUCAAAUGGCCUCUCUCGUUGCCUUUGCAAUAAGGGAUACAAAUGGGACACUGUCGUUGGGUCUUGCUUGAGAAAGAAGAAAAAAAGUAGAGUCAGCUUAAAGGUGUCCAUUGGAGUGAUCUCCUUUUUCACUCUAGCUAUGGCGAUUGUUGCAAUUACUUCAAGGAAACGAUGGAGAAAUUAUAACCAGGCAAAGCUCAUGAAGGCGAGGGAAGACAUGUUGAAGUCAAGCAAUGGAGGGAAACCAGCUAAGAUAUUCCGUUUGAAGGAGGUGAAAAAGAUGACAAAUGAUUUCUCUAGAAACAGGUUCUUAGGGAGUGGUGGGUUUGGGGAGGUCUACAAAGGCGAGCUUCCAAAUGGGGAUAUUGUGGCAGUCAAGUCGGCCAAAGUUGGGAACAUUAAGAGCACCCAACAAGUUCUGAAUGAAGUUGGGAUUCUCUCACAAGUCAACCAUAAGAACCUGGUUAGACUCCUAGGUUGUUGCGUGGAGGCUGAGCAACCAUUGAUGAUCUAUGAGUAUAUCUCAAAUGGGACCCUAAGUGAUCAUUUGCACGGAAAGUACUCCACCUUUUUAGACUGGAAAACAAGGCUGAAAAUCGCUUUGCAAACGGCUGAAGCGUUGGCUUACCUACAUUCUGCAGCAUACACCCCUAUUUACCAUAGGGAUGUUAAGUCAGCAAACAUACUUUUAGACUAUGAAUUCAAUGCAAAAGUUUCGGAUUUCGGGUUAUCCAGGUUGGCUAGCCCGGGUUUGAGCCAUGUCUCAACAUGUGCUCAAGGAACCCUUGGGUACAUGGACCCCGAAUACUAUAGGAACUACCAGUUGACUGAUAAAAGUGAUGUUUAUAGCUAUGGAGUGGUGUUGCUUGAGUUACUGACUUCCCAAAGGGCCAUUGAUUUCUCAAGAGAUCAAGAUGAUGUUAAUUUAGCUAUUUAUGUUAAUCAACGGGCCACCAAUGGUGCGAUCAUGGAAGUUGUGGAUCAACAGCUACUUAAGGAUCCCUCAGCUGAUAUGUUGAAGAGUUUUAAACUUUUCUCAGACCUUGCAUUUGCAUGUUUAAGGGAGAAGAAAUCAGGUAGACCCGCCAUGAAAGAUGUUGUCCAAGAACUCCAUUGCAUCAUUCAGAUUAUAGAUCAAGAAAAUGUUUCUAAAGAACUUAGCCAGGAGAUUAUAUAAACGAACGGUAAUAUAAUAUAUAUGUAUAUGUACCUUGUUGUUGAUGCCUGUAAUUUUUGAAUAUUCAUAUAUAUGAUAGCAAAAGGAAAAGUUGGAAGAGCUACGAGGAAAAUGAUGCUGAGAAGGACAUUGGUUUUGAAUAUUGCACACAAAGGGAAAGUGGAUUCCAAGGAUUUGAGUGGAUGGAAAGAUGUAAAGAAAAGAUCUGGGAUCAGAUUCUUGCUUUUUCAAAAGUAUUAAAUGACCAAGGACUAGGCGAGAAAUUAUGGGGGAAACUGGAAUCUGUAAGGUUUUAGUUAAGGCUGUGUGGACUUAAAACCAAAACAAGAGAGAGAGAUAUGCAUAUUUAUAUAUAGCUUUUAUUGAAGGUAGUAGCUAGGUUUGUCAUUCUAGAAAUGAAUUACCUAGAUUUCUCAUGUAUAAUAAAUGUUCUCUCUCUGGUCGCAUAGUGAUGCUGGAAAUAUAUUUGAUAUUAUAUAUUUAUAGGGUUUCUAUUGCUUA